GGAAAGCUGCAAUACGCAGGCGUAGUUGCUCACCCUGUCUCGCGACUGGACUCGUGACGCCUGCGCAACAAGUUGGCCCGGGGUAUUGUGGUGGCUGCCCGCCGCACCAGAGUCGACCGUGCGCUCUGUGGCGUUACUGUGCCGCUCGCCGCCUGGUAGUUACAGCCGGGCGCAGGUGAUCCUCAGGCCGGCGGCGCGGGUCCACCCCAACUCGCCCGACCCGCGGUUUAUGAGAGGCCGAGAUGUCCAUCUUCACCCCCACCAACCAGAUCCGCCUCACCAAUGUGGCGGUGGUGCGUAUGAAACGCGCCGGGAAGCGCUUUGAAAUCGCCUGCUACAAAAACAAGGUCGUCGGCUGGCGGAACGGAGUGGAAAAAGACCUUGAUGAAGUUCUGCAGACCCACUCGGUGUUUGUCAAUGUCUCUAAAGGCCAAGUGGCAAAGAAGGAAGAUCUCAUCAGUGCAUUUGGAACAGAUGACCAGACCGAAAUCUGUAAGCAGAUCUUGACUAAAGGAGAGGUUCAGGUAUCAGAUAAAGAACGGCACACACAGCUGGAACAGAUGUUUAGGGAUAUUGCAACUAUUGUGGCUGACAAAUGUGUGAACCCUGAAACAAAAAGACCAUACACUGUUAUCCUUAUAGAAAGAGCCAUGAAGGACAUCCACUAUUCAGUCAAAGCCAACAAGAGUACAAAACAGCAGGCUUUGGAUGUAAUAAAACAGCUAAAGGAGAAAAUGAAAAUAGAACGUGCUCACAUGAGACUUCGAUUCAGUCUCCCAAUAAAUGAAGGAAAGAAGCUUAAAGAAAAGCUCAAGCCACUGAUCAAGGUUAUAGAAAGUGAAGACUAUGGUCAACAGAUAGAAAUUGGACUGGGAGAAAGAUCAACAGCAGAAUACAUACCUUACCAUAUGCAAGGACCUGGCCCUAGCACAACAUGGAAACUGUUAUGGAUAACAUAAAGGGGAGCUCCAUAGACAUAUGUUGCUGUGGUGUUUCAAAGGUUAAAAAAAAUACUUCUAUAUACAGCUGUGUUCAGGAGACUCUGACUCAAAAAAAAAAUUAAUCAAAAGAGAUUCUUGAAUACAAAUUAAAAGUUGCACACAAAUAAA